CCCGCGCGCCCAAAGCCAGCCAGCCAGCCAGAAGGGAUUCCUGGCCGCGUUCCAGGUCGGCGCACUAAUACAAGCUCCGAGGCUCCCGCCUGACUGACGCCGGCUGGAGGCUGCUUGCUUGCUAGCUAGCUUGCUUGCUUGCUUGCCUGCCUCGUUGCUUGUGGCCGCUUCUUCUUCCUCCUCCUCCUCCGGCGGGGCAAUUUCGCAGCCGCGUCCCUCCCCUGUUUGGCCGAGGGAAGGUGCAAAAAUUUGCAGAAAUUGGCGCAGCCCCCGAGAGAGAAUCGCCCUACGGACAGCUUACAGCGGCAGAUCCUUGCAGAAGGGAAGGAAGGAGGGGGAGAGAAGGGAUAGAUACAGGAGACAAACUGACGCCAGCAUUGUGAUCGGAAGGAAGGAGGGGCGCAAGGCGAAACGUUUUUAUGGCUAAUUAAACGCUGUCAGGCCCGACUCAGCCUCUGUUUUGAUUUCUUCCUCUGCUCAUGGAGAGAGACUGGCAGAAGGCAAGGAUCAGUUUCAUAUUGGAAAAAAACUUUCAUUUGAAUUUGUCAACAUUUGAAGACACUUGAGGCAAAGUAUACUUCCAGCAAUAUCCAAGAUAUGUUUGAAAGAACCUGAUUUUUGAAGGCAGUUACUCUCUUCAUACUAAGAUUCACACCCUAUUUAAAAAAAAAGAAGAAGAAGCAGCAGAGGGGGAAAAAAAUCUAGGUCUCCGUCUGCAAUCAUAACAUCAUCUGUGAUUCAUAUGCACCCCAGCACCCCUAUCAGUUCUUUGUUCUCCUUCACCAGCCCAGCUGUGAAACGACUGCUGGGCUGGAAGCAAGGAGAUGAAGAGGAAAAGUGGGCAGAAAAAGCUGUUGACUCCUUAGUGAAGAAGCUGAAGAAAAAAAAGGGUGCCAUGGAGGAACUGGAGAGGGCACUCAGCUGUCCUGGGCAGCCCAGUAAGUGUGUGACAAUUCCACGCUCUUUGGAUGGAAGAUUGCAAGUGUCUCAUCGCAAAGGUUUGCCGCAUGUCAUUUACUGCCGAGUGUGGCGUUGGCCUGACCUGCAAUCGCACCAUGAAUUGAAACCACUGGAAUGUUGUGAGUUUCCAUUUGGCUCAAAACAGAAAGAAGUGUGUAUUAAUCCUUACCAUUAUCGUCGUGUGGAAACUCCAGUUUUACCUCCAGUCCUGGUUCCAAGACAUAGUGAAUUCAACCCACACCUCAGUCUCCUUGCCAAAUUCCGGAACACAUCCCUUCACAGUGAGCCACUGAUGCCUCAUAAUGCUACCUAUCCAGAAUCUUUUGAGCAAAAUCCCUGCCCUCCUUUCCCGGCAUCACCCAACAUGUAUUCUCAGUCACCUAACAGUAUGACCUACCCUGAUUCCCCAGGAAGUUCUUCUGCGCCGGGAAGUCCGUACCAAAUCACAGUUGAAACGCCUCCUCCUCCUUACAAUGCAAGAGAAACAUCAGUACAUCACAAUGGACGAUCUGUACACUCGGUUGCAGACAGUCAGUUACUUCUGUCUUUGCCCAAUGGAGGUAAAUCUGAUGAUGACAAACUGGAAAACUUCCGGCCUGUUUGCUACGAGGAACCACAGCACUGGUGUUCGGUGGCAUACUAUGAACUCAAUAAUCGAGUAGGAGAGACUUUUCAGGCCUCUUCUCGGAGUAUACUUAUUGAUGGCUUUACAGAUCCUUCUAACAAUAAGAACAGGUUCUGCCUUGGACUGCUGUCUAAUGUAAAUAGGAAUUCUACUAUAGAAAACACUAGGAGACACAUAGGAAAGGGUGUUCAUCUGUAUUACGUUGGAGGCGAGGUAUAUGCAGAGUGUGUGAGUGACAGCAGCAUUUUUGUACAGAGCCGCAACUGUAACUAUCAGCAUGGCUUCCACCCAGCCACCGUUUGUAAAAUUCCCAGCGGCUGCAGCUUGAAGAUUUUCAACAACCAGCUCUUUGCCCAGUUGCUUGCCCAGUCAGUUAACCAUGGAUUUGAGGUGGUGUAUGAGCUAACCAAGAUGUGUACCAUUCGGAUGAGCUUUGUCAAAGGCUGGGGAGCAGAGUACCAUCGUCAGGACGUUACAAGUACUCCGUGCUGGAUUGAGGUCCAUCUGCAUGGACCAUUGCAGUGGUUAGAUAAGGUGCUGACACAAAUGGGUUCCCCUCAUAAUCCAAUUUCGUCUGUUUCCUAAGAAUCAUCUCCACAGACUACCAAUGAGAUGAAUAAUGUUGCAUGUGUGGCUAGUGGAAGUCUCACAUGGGAGCCAACCUGAAUUCCUGUAUGUAGCUGUAAAUAUAUUAAUGUACAUAGUAUAUCACCAGUGGAGUUUUUCAUGUCAUUACUACAUGUUUACUAGCUAAUAAGAUGGUGGUAUGUUGCAUUCUGUUCUGUUCACUGGCAACGUUAUCGAAAUUUGGAUUUAGCAAGCCUGUCUCUGGGUAUGGAAAAGUACUAGUGUUGUUUGUACUCUGCAAUAAAUCAUCUAAAUAAACAUAAAUUCUACAUCUUAUGUACAAUUUUAGAAGUAAGUAAUUUGGCAUGUAAAAUGAUAAAAACUGUCAUGUUAGACAAGAUGAAAUACCAUCUGGUCAACAUUCUGUUUCUUAAGAACAGUCUGUGCAUCUGGACCCUCUGAAGCAGAGUAUAAUGACUUUGGCUCUUCUUCAUUUUACUUUUGGCCUCCUAUCAAUUGUUUUUAGUAUUUACUGCUAAGCACAAGGGUAUAUUGUUUUUGAACACAAAGAUUACAUGUAGCUUACAUUUCAGCUUUCUAUUUGAAUCGUUGAAUUGUUUUUUCCUGCUUUUUGGUGAGUGGGAAGGCAAUUUAUUGGGAUAAGGGAGAGUAAUGAAUGACAAUGAAGUACCAUAUUUUGAACCACCAGAAAUCAUGCUGGUUCUUCAUAUAUCACACAUAUCCAUCAUUUCUGAGAUUUGAUAAGACACGUCAUAUUCCUAGUCCAUUCAUUUUCAUUUCUUGGUUUUAUGAGAACUGCGCAGUGCAAAACUUAUAAUUUAUUCGUUAGAAGUAAGUACAUUGGCAUGUAAAAUAAUAUUGUAGCACCUUCAAAAUGGAGUGAAACAUUUUUCGUAAUAUAGCACUCUUUGGCAGAGAAGACUAUAAAACUACAAUUUCCAGGAUUUGAUUGCAUUGAGCCAUGGCAGCUAAAGUGAUGUCAAACUGUAUUAAUUCUACACUGCAGAUGCACCCUUGGUCUACUGCAUUAUCAUGGAAUACCAGUUUAUUUUUGUUUAGGGGUUUCAGGAACCUAAAUCCCUCCAGUGUUUUCUUUUGGUCAUGGGGAUUCUGUGUGGAAAGUUUGGCCUAAUUCUGUCAUUGUUGGGGUUCAAUGGGUUCUUGAUUGUAGGUGAACUAUUAAUUCAAGGAACUACAACUCCCAAAUGUCAAGGUCUAUUUUUCCCAAACUCCAGCAGUGUUGACAUUUGGGCAUAUUGAGUAUUUGUGCCAGGUUUGGUCCAGAUCCAUCAUUGUUUGGAGUCCACAAUGCUCUCUGGAUGUAGAUAAACUACAACUCCAAAGCUCAAGGUCAAUGCCCACCAAAUCCUUCCAGGAUUUUCUGUUGGUCAUUGGAAUUCUGUGUGCCAAGUUUGGUUCAAUUUCAUUGUUGGUGGAUUUCAGAAUGCUUUUUGAUUUCAGUUAACUAUAAAUCCCAGCAACUACAACUCCCAAAUGACAAAAUCAAUCCCCUCCCAAUCCCACCAGUAUUCAAAUUUGGGCGUAUUAGAUAUUUGUGCCAAAUUUGGUCCAGUGAGUGAAAAUACAUUCUGCAUAUCAGAUAUUUACAUUACGGUUAAUAACAGUAGCAAAUUACAGUUAUGAAGUAGCAACGAAAAUAAUUGUAUGGUUGAGGGUCACCACAACAUGAAAAACUGUAUUCAGGGGUCACAACAUCAGGAAGAUUGAGAACCACUGGUUUAGGGUCACCACCUGGCUGACUCUGACCAAAUCUUGCCCUCUUAGUAAGUGUCAAUCAUCCUCUCCCUGAAUAACUGGUCUAAAAACAAAAUAUCUGCUGAGAAAUUCUAUCACUGAUCACAGAAUGUGAAAGCAGACAACUUAAAAUCAAAUUGAGGUUUAGCAUCUCAAAAUUUGUUUCUAGGAGACCCUGAGUAAAAUCCUACUCCAAAAUGAAAUUAUCAGUGGGUAAAUUUCCCAGAUGUUGCAUGGAUUUCUGCUGGAGUUAUUAAAACUUUGAUAGUUAUAAGACAGCUGCUUAAAAGAUGUGAUAAGAGGGAGCCCUAGCAGAACAUGUCACCUCCUAAAGCUGUGUUUUGGUAUCCAACUGAUACAUUUUUUAUCAUCAGGUUAUUUUAUUAUCACCAAGUCUCAUAAUCAGAGCUUUCAUUAAAAUAUUUUCACUUAUUUUUAGAAAUAAUAAAAGUAACUACUCAAACAUUAUCAUAGGAAUGACCAUAGAAGAAUAAGGUAGCCGGGGAGAGGGGGGCGGGAUUGGUACCGAGUUGUAUAACACUGUAGUGCAGAUAGUCUUAUUUCCAUUGGUUGUGUUACACAGUAGGGCUCUGGCAAAAUCAAGAACAGCAAACAUGUACAUAAAAGGGCUGGAGUGAUGCUCCAUUUAGAAGCCAUGGUGAGGCAAUACUAUUAAUGAUGUUUUCAAGAAGCAUAUGAGAUAGAAAUAUGCAUCAUUUGCAAAUACAUACUGAUCUCUGGAAGAUAAUGGUGGUGAUGAUUAUAAUGAUCAUAAUAGCCUUCAUCUUUGCUGGUUGUUGGUCUUUGUUGUUUGAGUGCAUAAGAGAAAAUACCACUUGCAGGGCAUCUUUUAAAGGCUUUCAGGAAUGAACCUUGGGAAUUGAGUGGUUGCACAUAGCCAGGCAUAUUUCAAAGAGCAAAAGAGGAAAAGAAAUUAACAAUUAUCCUGGUUUUUUUUUAAAGUAGGCUGGAAUCUUCUUUGGGAUUUAUCGAUUUACACAUGUAAGAAUCAGAAUGGGUCAGUUUUGUAAUAUUGAGGGCUGUUGUCAUGUUACUGUGUAGUAGAGAACAGCAAAAUGUCCCCUGUGCAUUGCAUGCUGAAUCCUAUCAUACACCAUCUGGCACACUUGCUCAUUUUCUGAUACACGUCUUCUCAGUUCACUGUCAGCAUUUCCCAGCACCUCUCUUUUUAAGCUAAGUAUAAAGUUAUAUUAAGUAAAAGAUGAUACAGGAUUCUGGAGAAAUUAUAAUAAAAGACAUGCAGGAGAUAAUUAUAACUGGUGAUCUUUUCCAGAGCUCACUGAUGAACAGUGUUGUGGAUAGGUUUUACAGUGACAUUUCCAUCUUUAAUAUAAAUAAAUUACAAAUAUCUUCAGGAUUAUUUCAUUUUUCAAAACAACAGAACCCUAUUGGCUCUACAAAGGCAAAUGUGUCAAAAUAAGAAAGGCUGCAGGAAUGAUAACUUCAUUGGUGGCUCUAAUCUUCAUCAGUGGCCAUGAUCUAACAGUUUCUAAAGCCUGGCUUCUAUAGUGUGCAUAUGUUAUUCUUCCUCUCAAGGAUUUCUUGUCAGAUCAGGAAGAAUCCUGACCCUGUGAGCAAUUAGAGUGAGAGAGCCAGGACAUAAAUUACGAGACAACUACAAAACAGGCAGUGGUUUUUUUCCAGUUCUAAGUGAAAGUUCAAAAGUUAGAAGUGAACUGAUCAUUCCUCCUGAUAGAGAUACUAGUUGAAAAAACUGGCUCACUACCAUUUUUUUAAAUAUAAUACUUAGGUACAAAGGGUGUUGGAAGAGGGCAACAAAAAGGGCUGGAAGCUUUGGCUUAAAAGCUUUCCAUUAAUAUUCAGUCUUUGCUAGAAGCGAAGCAUCUCUUCCAUCUGAACAUUAGGAAGAACUUCCUGACCAUGAGAGCUGUUCAACAGUGGAACUCUCUGCCUUGGAUUCUGUUGGAAGCUCCUUCUUUGGAGGCUUUUGAACAAGCUGGAUGGCCAUCUGUCAGGGGUGCUUUGAUUAUGCUUUUCCUGCAUGGCAAGGGGUUGGAUUGGAUGGCCCAUGUGGUCUCUUCCAACUCUUAGGAUUCUAUAUUUAAACUUUCAGCUAGAAGCAAAGCAUCUCUUUCCUUUAAAAAUCUCUUUUAUCACUUGUAGUCUAGAUACUUAUUUCCAGGAGCUUUUUGAACUCCAGAUGCUAAUAUAUGUCUGGCUCUUGGCACAUGCUCAUUUUUGACAAACAUUUAAGCAGAUCCCAGACUUGGCAUGUCAGAUAUUGACCAUUCAGUUUUUUUUCAGCUAGCCUCAGCUGGCUGAGCCCCUAGCACUGUAGUGGCAGAGAGACAGCUCUGUCCAAAGUAGAACAGAGACAGGGUGAGUUUUUGGUGCCAAACUACUCUGGUAAUAUUUCAGGAUUAAUAUUCUGCACCAUCUGGUUGCCACACAGACCACCAAAGAACAAAAUUGAACAUGGUCCAAAGUACCAUACAUGUCUAUUUUGACAAACUUCCUACAACUUAUUUAAAAGGGGUAUUGGAACCUGGAAAAUACAUUAAUUCACCUAAUUUCCAUUUUUAACCAGAAAAAGGGAAAAUCAUUGGAUAUGGAGGAAAGCUUGAAGGCUGAAGAAAACACUUCUUGGUGUGCCGGUGUGCUAACAUAGUUUUAUCAAUAAGGAAUAAUAUACUGGUAAUCCUUCAUUUUCAAGGCAGACAGAGUUUACCAAUAGGAACUGACAGCUCAUAAUCAGACUCACCCUUCCUGCUUUUUAACUAAAUCAAUGGUUCUCAACCUGUGGGCUGCAAGAACAAAAAUCUGGUCCACGCACUUCCUUCCUCUAUUUAUUUUAUUUCCGCUCCUUUCCGCAGAGCUGGCCAUUUCAUUGGAUAGACCACAUAAGCUCUAGAUUGUUAAAUAUGGUUUUCUGUAGGCGAGCAGAUGGCAACUACUGGCUGGCAUAUGUUUUGUAUCAGAAACUAGAGCUGAUGUGGUCUAUCCAAUGUAAUUUUCUGAAUCAGCACCCCAAAUAACCAAACAAUCCAAAGUUAACCAAAAAUUGAUUUGUAACCCUUUUGGUACUAAUGUUGGAGAGUGGUCAAAGUGGGCCCUGUUCAAGUGGGCCCUGGUCAAAAAAAAAAAAAAAAAAGGUUGGGAACCACUGAACUAAAUGAAGGAUUUUGUCCAUAUGGAAUCCCUAGCUUUCUGAGAGAUGGCACUUGGUGCUGUACAAGGGUACUUCCAAGAGCCUGGAAAGCCAUGAAAUCAUAGGUCAGGAGAUGUCCUCAAAGGCAGUCUUGUUCAACUAAUUGUCAGUUAAGGAAAUCCACAGUUAAAGCAACCAUGUUUAAAAACCUCCAGAAAAAUAAAGUUCACUUCCCUCUGAGGCAGUCUUUUCUACUAUCAAAAUAGCUUUCACCAUCAAGAAAUUCUUCCUAGCAUUUUACUGAAAUCUCUUUUCUUGUAAUCGAAAUCUACUGGUUUCAUUCCUUCCCUUUGAAAUGGAAAAACCAGCAUUCUCCAUCUUCUAUAGGACAAAUAUCUCAAGAUGCUAAAAGAUACCACUUUUCAGUCUUCUUCUAGAGUGAACAUAUCCAGUCCCCAUAGACAUCAUAGACCCUUUACUAUUUCUAUCACAUUCCUGGACAAAGCACUGUAGGUGAGGUUUGAUGACAGCUCAUUUGAGCAGAACAAUAUACUUCUGUUGUUGUAGCCAUGAAUUGCAUUAGGUCCCAGACUUUUCCCUCCCUGUGGCAUCAUUAUGUUGACUCAUACUUGUCUUGUUUGUGGAUCUGAUUUAUCCAGCCUUUACAUUUAUUUAUUCUGGCUGAAAUGCAGGUACUUUAUUUGGACCAGGGUGUACAAUCUGUUAUAAAUCAUCUUGAAAUAUUGAUUCUAUCCUCUAAGGCAGGCAUGGGCAAACUUGGUCCCUCCAGGUGUUUGGACUUCAACUCCCACUGUUCCUAACAGCCUCAGGCCCCUUCUUUUCCCCCUCAGCCGCUUAAGCGGCUGAGGGGAGAAAGGAAAGGGCCUGAGGCUGUUAGGAACGGUGGGAGUUGAAGUCCAAAACACCUGGAGGGCCAAAGUUUGCCCAUGCCUGCUCUAAGGUAUUAGCUAACUUUUCCAGAGCAGUGUGAUUUUGAAAUUUGGUAACUCAGUUUCCCUGAUGUAUGAAGCUAGUUUCCACUCCACCUGCAUAUUGAACAAGACCCCAAACUUUGCCACAUUGAAGGUCUCUUUUAGACACCAACAUACCAAGAUGAAGCUAGAGACGCCUGGGAAAAACAAAACCAGGAUCUAUCCCAGACUUUUAUCAAGCGUAGUCAGACACAAAGAGAGUAACUGAACAUUCCACACAGAAAUGAACCAUGAUUGCUGCUUAAAGUGCCUUUGAAAAACUUAUAAAAUGGACUGUUUUCUUCAGUAUUCAUUUCAGAAUCCUCCUAUAAAAAUGACCCCAUAAAUAGUCCUUUUUGUGUCUCGAUGUCAUUGUGCAGCUAUCAGUAUUAAACUUAAAGCCUUCAGAUGUGGUCAUAAAUAUGUCAUCCUUUAAGAUGGUCUUCUUGAAAGAUUUAAAAGUUGUUUACUAGAAAGGCUAUUUAUUGAUGGCCAAUUUAAGGAAAAGAAGACAUAAUUUAUAAUAGGCAUUUAUCUGUGUCGACAGUAUAAAGUGCACUUUCAGGCUUCUUGUGGACAAUCUUUAUGUUCCAUUGGGGGCUUACGGGCAUUUAAGCCUGCUUUUCACACACAAAAAUACAUAACAAUAUUGCGGUGCUAUUUUCUUACUAAGAAAUCUGUCUGUAAAAUAAUACCCAUAAGAAGAAGAUAGAUUAGCUACAUUUGGUAUUUUAUGUUGAUUGUUUUUAAACUAGUGAUUAUAAAGCAAAAGUCCAAAAGGUGUGGGUUUAGUUGCAGAAUUAGAUCAUUAUUUUCAUCGGACAAAAGGAAAUGUUGUCUGUGUUGGCAGAUAUCAUCUUCACAAUUAUAUUUUAGCAGUUCUUGGAAAGGAACAUUUUAACAUCAACAGAUGGAGAAAUGGGUGAUGAUAAUAAAUGUUAUUCAGUUUAUGCAUGAGAAAUAAGCAUUUAAUAUGUUGUUGAAGGCUUUCAUGGCUGGAAUCACUGUGUUGCUGUGAGUUUUCUAAACUGUAUGGCCAUGUUCCAGAAGCAUUCUCUCCUUAUGUUUUGCCCACAUCUAUGGCAGGCAUUCUCAGAGGUUGUGAGGUCUGUUGGAAACUGGGCAAGUGGGACCCAAACAUGAAUCAGUGAACAUGAAAGGCACUGCACACUAGCUCACCAGAGAAGCCAGCCAUAGCAGAGCACUUGACAACCUGGACACAGCAUAUUAUUUGGGAACAAAGAAAGGCUGGACUACUCAAACAACUACCAUGUCAGACUACACAGCGAAGCCAUUGAAAUCCACAAACAUGUGGACAAUUUCAACAGAAAGGAGGAAACCAUGAAAAUGAACAAAAUCUGACUACCAGAAUUUAAAAAAAUAAGGAACGACACUCUGAAAACUGAGGAAUUCCAGACAAGAAACAAUCAGGGCCAGCUAACACCUUCCAACAGGAUUCCCCAGGUAGGAAGCAGCCAGGCUUUGAUGCUGCAAAGCUAUUUGAUGGCCAAUUGCAACAUUCAUACUUGCCUCAGGCAGAUAAGAGUUCUUUCUCCCACCCUGGACAUUCCAGAUAUAUAAACCCCACUUGCUCAGUUUCCAAGAGACCUCACAACCUCUUGAGGAUGCCUGCCAUAGAUGUGGAUGAAACGUCAGGAGAAAAUGCUUCUAGGACAUGGCCAUCCCAGAAAACUCACAGCAACCCAAUAAGCAUUUAACCUCACAAUGAAGGAUUAAAUCUACGGUAGUGGUCCUCAAUGUUUAGCUUCUCGAUGUUCGGUUUUAGUUUCUAGUAUACCUGGUCCUUUUGUCCUAUUUAAGGCAUUUGUGAGUUAAAGUCAAGUCACUUGACAGGCCAAAUGUUUAGAGGCAUUGGUGUUUCCCUUUAUAUCCUCCAUCCCAGCUUCUAUAUAAAUAAUCUGCCAAUAAAAGCUGAAUUCUGUGCACAUGAUGAAGUGGUUUAUAGUCUACAAAUGCCUGUGCAGAAUACAACUUGUUAGUCUUUUUAAGAUGCCACCAUACUUUUGUUUGUCUUUGUUGCAUCAUGCUGCCAUGGCUAUCUCCUUAGAAAUAAUCUGUCAGAAAAAAAUCCUGGAUUUUCAAAUUUAAUGCAACUAUUCGGGGGUUUUAAAAAGUGGUAACUAUAGUUGGUAAAACAUUCCAGCUUUCAUAAAUAGAAUUUUAAAGUGCUGUUGUUCAAGGCAAUGCUUCAGCAUUCUGUGCUGGAUCAGAUCAGUGGUUCUCUUUAAUAUGAUGUUCUGUUUUGAAGUGGAAUACUGUGUCCAGUUUUGGGCACCACAGUUGAAGGGAGAUGUUGACAAGCUGGAAAGCGUCCAGAGGAGGGCGACUAAAAUGAUUAAGGGUCUGGAGAACAAGCCCUAUGAGGAGAGGCUUAAAGAGCUGGGCAUGUUUAGCCUGCAGAAGAGAAGGCUGAGAGGAGACAUGAUAGCCAUGUACAAAUAUGUGAGGGAAAGUCAUAGGGAGGAGGGAGCAAGCUUAUUUUCUGCUGCCCUGCAGACUAGGACACGGAACAAUGGCUUCAAACUACAGGAAAGGAGAUUCCACCUGAACAUCAGGAAGAACUUCCUCACUGUGAGGGCUGUUCGGCAGUGGAACUCUCUCCCCCGGGCCGUGGUGGAGGCUCCUUCUUUGGAGGCUUUUAAGCAGAGGCUGGAUGGCCAUCUGUCGGGGGUGCUUUGAAUGCGAUUUCCUGCUUCUUAGCGGGGGGUUGGACUAGAUGGCCCUUGAGGUCUCUUCCAACUCUACUAUUCUAUGAUUCUAUGAUUCUAUGAUUCUAUGAUUCUAUGGUCAUCAUUCAUAUCUUUCCUGAAUCUGGCUAUCAAUCCUAGCCAGGUGCUUUAAAAAAAAAUCCCAUUGCUUCUAAUAGUGGAACAUUUCUGGCACUUCCAAGGAUAACAUACUCCUGAGCCAAGAGAGAGAUCCAAAACAUUCCUGUAUCAUCCUCCUAAAAACAGGAUUGCAUCCGAAAACAAAGUUGCUGACUUCAUAUAGUUAUAUGCAUGUUUGUAUGAGUCAUAAAGCCUGUUGCUAUACGUUGAUACUCAGAAGUAAUUCCUGACGAAUUCUGUUGAGGUGACUCUCAGUAAAAAUUGUAGCCUUAAUAAAGGAUUGUGGAACCACACUUAAUUAUGCCGCACAUAAACCCACAGAAAUGAAUGAGUCUUACAUGAGUUAUUACUAAGGUGUCCCAUUGGUUUCAGUUGCUCUACUUUAAUCAGAAUUAAAUCUAGAUCCAACCAAGUGUAAAUUAAUUUUAGGAAACAUAUUAAACUCAGGCUGCUAAGAGUUUGAUUUAAAUAGGUAAUUUUGAAUUAAUGAUUUAGUAAUUACAACUUUGACCUCAUCCUUCAUGCAAUAGUUUUCAAGAAUUUAUACUUAGCAAUUUUUGUGUAAUCUAGGUUGUUAGAAACAAGUUUUGAAGUGUGUAAAGUACAAGGUAUUAUAGGGCGGAGACUAAAAAUGCUAUAGAUGGAUUCUGUAUAGCCAUAUGCAUAACAGUGUGAAGUAAUAUAUAGGGGACACUUAACAUUCUAUAAACAGAUUCUGAAGGUUUGCUAGACCCAUAGACCACGCUUGGGCAGUGAAGCUGCUUUCAGGUUGUACAGGACUGGAGAAGAAAUGUUACUCAUGAUGUAUAUUUGCAUAAUUAUUGUUCUGUAAUCUAUCAGAUAAUGUAUGUUGCCUACUUUUGAUAAAAUACUUCGCAACAAGGAGUGUGUGAAUAUCAAUACAAGCAUUCAUUGAAAUCAAGAUUAGGCAAACUGAACUCUUUCAGCCCCAGUCAACAUGACCAAUGGAGAAAAAGCAUGGCAGUUGUAGUCUCAAACACUUGAAUGACACCAGGUCGUGUUCUUUGCCAAGAAGCCCCUUUACAAACAACACAAAGUAUUUGGCAGAACAUAAAUUUUCUAUGUAUGCUCUGUAGUCCACUUGCAAAGGGUGCCAAUAAAAAUGGCAGACCCCAGUAACUGACCAAAAAGCAUUGUUCCCUGAAAGGCGUAUUACAAAUACGACAUAGGAAUCUAGACUGUCAGAUGAGAUGGUAGGUUAUUUACACUUAAAUGUUUCCUACCAAAAGAGGUACUAAAGCCAGCUGGGAUUAUUAGCCUUUACUCCCAAGCUCUUUCCAUCAUUCAAACCCAUUAACACAGUUUUCAUUGUAAUGUUGUUAAUGGAUUCCUAAAAGAAAAAUUGUUCCCCAUUACAGGUCUCUGCCUUAAUUCUGACACUGCAGUGGGUUACAUCAGAACAAUUUGGAAAAGUAUAAUUAAAUGACCCACAGCCCCAGGAAAAUGGGUAGAGACAAUGGCACUUUGAAACUGCAGCAAAUGUUGGCCUGAUAUGCUUUCAGUGAAAAAAAAACUUCCAACAUAGCUGUGUCUCCUUUAUGCAUGCAUCUUUAGACAUUAAAUGGUCUUUUUUAAACCCAAUUCUUUUUAACAUGGUACUAAGUGAUACUGCGAUGUAGGUUCUCUUUAUUGACUUAAUUUGUUUACUCAUAUGAAAAAUGUUUACUGCUUUGAUUUUAAACACUGUUGUGGAAAAAUAUGUCCUUGCUUAGCAUUUUCUGAUGUAGGAGGCUUCUACUUGGCCAUGCAUUUUUCCUAUGGAAACUGGUCACUCAGCUCAAACAUGCAACAAGUACAGAUGUGACAUCAAUUUUAGAUCUACCCAAAUAAAAUAGCCAUUAUCCUUUCAAACAUCAUCAUGUGAAUCAUUGUUUAGAAAAAUGAAAACCUAGAAGAGAAUGUCUUGUGGAUUUUGUGAUGCUUCUCUUAAUACUGACAUCAAUAUAACAAGUUGUUUGUGAAUAUUUCUAUGUGCCGAUUCUUUCUUGUCCAUCUUGCUGUACUGCCUCUUGAACAAGACUUUAAAACUCACAAAUAAGGUGUAAAUAAAUUUGUCUAAGUUCUCUGAGUGUUUGUUCAAACCACAGGCCCUUUGUCUUGUCAAAUUGUUUAUGAUGCUGUCUGUAAUAAAGUAUUUUCCCUGUGGUAGAACUUCAUUCCUAAAGCAUUAGAAUACUUUAUUAACAAAUAGAUGAUUUUUCAACAAAAGGUCUAACAAAUUUCUAUAUUUCAUGGCUAUGAAGAAUGAAUUGUAGUAUGUAUUCUGUAAGGUACGGGAAACUGCUCUAGAAUGUGUGGCAUUGAUAAGGCUACAUCUGUCCUUUAACCUUGAGAAAAAGGAUAACAAUUUUUAAGAGAAUGCUAAAUUAUUAAUACCCUGUACAUAAUCUUAAUCUACAUCCAUACAUGUGGCUUUGCAAGGUUCAUAGCCAAGUUGACUGAGACAGCCAUUUGGAAACACUCAAAAGCACGAGUUGUUCUGCAAUCAGUUUCUACAUUUUCUUUCCUUGCUAUAACAACCAGAGCAAAGCUGCUACAAGAAAUGUCUUUUAUGUUCUUGUGAGACGUAUUAAUAGCACAUUGUAGACAGAUUAAUAUAAAUAUAGUACUGACACUUAGUACCUUUGAGUUAAGAUUAUAAAAAUGUGCAGGUAUCGGAAGCCACUCUAAAAUCUGCAUCAGAUUUGCCUUACAAAAACCCCUACAAUAUAACUCAUUAAAAUUAAAAAGUUGAAUGGCACAGGUGUUUGUUAUCUGUAACUUAGUGUUUAAAACUGCUAAUGAAUAAAUCUGACAAGCUGCCAUAACAAAUUUGUUUGACAAGAAUGCUGCUUCUGUUUCAAGAGUGAUGUCUUAAUUGUUAAUAAAGUUACUCUAUAAACAAAA